AUGGUCAUGCAAGACCUCAAUUUCGGUCUACUCAUCAUCUUUCACGCAGUCCUGUAUCGUUGGUGGAGUCCUGACCCGGCUGUCAAUACCGCGAAGCUUUCGUUCAGCUUCGAAGAUCUCGGCGGUUUCGAGGUCGAUGAGGACGUUGUGUUUUGUGUCAAUCUCGGUCUCUAG